AUGAACGUUUUCAGAAAAUAACAAGUUUCGAGAAGCAAAUUCUCAAAAACAAGGACAAUUUGCUGAGUUUCGAGGCGAACAUUGCGGAAAUCAAGGAGAAACUGCCGCAGAGACAGAAACAAAGUGACCAAAUUCGUUACGAGUCCAUCCAUGUCCUUGCCAUUUUCAGUUGACGAUAUUCUGAAAUCGUUGAAUGAAAAGCGGCGUCAAGUACUCGAGAAGCAGACCGAAUAUGCCAGUUUUCGCCUGAAUCGAACUGAGAAUUCAAUGAAGACUAAGUUGGAGAAGACUAAGAAAAAGUUGGAUGAAAUGAGGAAAAAGAAGAUUGCGCAGGUAAGUGCUCCAGUGAACUCUUUUCUCAAUAGAGCGCACUUGCAGGACAAAAAAAUCGCUCGUUUGCGUGCGGAUAUAGCGAAAAGUGAGAAGAGUUUCGAUAAGGUAGAACGGGAGAUUCGAAAAGAAAUCGAGUGAGCAAUACAGUGGUUAGCUUGUGUUUUAUUGCAUUUGAAUGCAGGAGACAAAUGGAAAACGAAACGAAAAAAGAGGAAAUCGAACGGAGAAUCAAGAUUUUCGAGGUUGAGAACUCGGGAAUUUCGGAUGAAUUUCAGAAGUUGCUCGUCAGUCUGAACGAAGAUUCGGAAAUGUGAGGGAUCUGAUAGACUUUCCGAAGGUUAAUGGGUGUUUAGGAAAGAGAAAAGUGCGGAAAAACGACUCGGAGAGUUGACCGUUUUGAUGGCGAAGGGAGCGAAGUACCUGGAGAAUCUAGAGGAGAAGAUCCAAAAUAUGAGGGAAAUGAAGAUGGAUAAGGUAUUGUUGCACUCCAGGGAAUAUCUGCAGUACCUCGAACUUGCAGAUUCCAAAUGCACUGUCCUCCAGAAGCUUCAAAAGUACUCGGAAAGGACGGUCAAAGUCAGAGAAGCCGUCGAGGAACUGGAGGCGUCUGGAAGACCUCAAAAAGCAAAUAAUUCAGCUGAAAAGAGAGUCAGAAGCUCUGGCAAUGAACAAGGGAAGAGUUAUUGAAGAGGCGAGUGCACCUCACUGAACCUAAUUGAAAACUUUGAAAAGUUUAGAAAGAAGGACUUCAAAAGACGAUGGAAGAGUACGAACGGCAGGCGGAUCGGGCCGCGCAGGAGCUCAGGAACGCAGAGAACUCGAGGAUUUCCGAACUUAAUCAACGUAAAGAAUCCUGAGCGUAGGGGAACGUAAGCUUUUCAUUUUCUUCCAGAAGAACGGAAAUUACAACCAUCCAUUCUGGUGGAGUCCAAUGAGGAAAAGAGAGCGAAAGAGGAUCUCGAAAAGUCAGAAAAGCUGAAAGAAAAGGUGAAACAAUUGGAGAAAACGACUGAGGAGCAGAGGGAAAAGCUAGAGAAAAUACGGUAUGUUCACCAGAAGUUGCUUUCGUUCCAAUCGCAAAAUAAUCCAGACGACGAUCGGAAUUCCUCAAACGACAACUGAAAUCUCACAAUGAAGUGGAUCUGCUGCAGUUUGAGAACGAGAAAUCGGAGAAGAGUGCGGAGGUGCGGGGGCUGAAAAAGCGAUGGCACGAGCAGGUGAUGACGUUGAACGCGCUCAACAAGGUCUGUUCGGUGGGGCGCGGAUGAACAUACGAACAUUCUUUGUAGAAGUUGCAACAGAGAGUUCUGCAACGAGAAGCGGCGAUGACGAAGGCAAACAGUGUCGUGUAUUUGGCGACGAAUGUGAGAGACGAGAGGAACAGAGAGAUAGAGCUGUUGCAGAAGGAGAUGACGGAGACCAAGAAGAAGUUUUGA